AUGACGAGCGCCGCAUCCUCGGAAGCACGCCGAGAAUCCACCGAGUCGUUGCAGCGAAGCAUCCAGGGCGAUUUUCAUGGCGCCGGCCGUUUGCUGCCGCCGAGUGCAGCACGCGAUUCGCUCGCAACGGCAGAUGCUGAAUCAGCGACGACUAACACGCGAGAUCCCGAGGGGGUGACAGUUGCGGGAACCGUGGCGCAUAUAAGACGACUCAAGGACACGUGGCGCCAGGAGCAGCAUCGUCUGCGUCAGCGGUUGGUCGUUGGCGACGCGCUCGGCUUCCAGCCGCCGCCACUGCUGCGUGCCGCGGGGAAUGCGGAGAAUGGGGAGCACGCGGAGGAGAGAACGGAAAGUGCGGGGCGAGUAGAGAUUCAGGGUGCGCGCGCGCACGUGGAGGGAGCGGGAGAUGCGCGGGUGGAGUAUGGCGGGGGAAGGGCGGGCGAGCAGAAGCACGACUGGAACGGCAACCAGCAGCCUCUCACCCCUCCCAACCGCUCUCAACCCUCUCAAAUACAGCUUCCCCAAGAAGAGACGGCCCAAGUACAGCCGGUCGAGUCCCAGCCGGCCCAGAUACAGCUGCCUCAGAUACAGCCUCCCCCGGUGCAUUCCCCCCAGAUACGACCUCCCCUGGCGCUGGUGGGCGGCGUGGACGUGAGCUUCCACCGGCGCGACCCGGACCUGGCGGCUGCGUGCCUGGCGGUCGUCGCCUUCCCCAGUCUGCGCCUCCUGCACUCCGAGAUCGCGCUCACGCGCGUCACGCAGCCGUACAUUCCCGGAUUUCUGGCGUUCAGAGAGUGCGGGGUGCUGGUGGGUCUGAUCCGUCGCCUGAGGGACACGCACCCGCACCUCGUGCCGCAGGUCAUUAUGGUGGAUGGUAAUGGCAUCUUCCAUCCACAGGGCUUCGGGCUGGCGUGUCAGCUGGGCGUGCAGGCAGACAUUCCCACCAUUGGCGUGGCUAAGAACAUGUAUUACAUGGAUGGCAUGACGGACGAGCAGGUGUGCUCCCUGAAGCAGCAGCAUCUGCAGCAGCCGGGUGACUGGGCUCUGCUCACAGGCGCUAGUGGCGCCACACAUGCCGCUUUAGUGCGCGGAGGCCCGGGCAGUCACGACCCGGUGUUUGUGUCGGUGGGGCACCGGGUCUCCUUACUCUCAGCAGUGGCCAUCACUCAGCGCUGCUGCAGGCACCGCGUGCCUGAGCCCGUGCGCCUGGCCGACGGGCUGUCGAGAGCAGAGCUGCGGGGAGUGACGGUGGCGGAAGCAACGGGUGAUGAGCAGAGUGGAGCGGUGGGAGAGCAGGGAAGCACUCGGGAAAGCUAG